AUGUUGGCAUAUCCAACUCCCCAUCUUCAACCCAUAUAUUUCGAAAACCACCAGUCAUCAUUAUUAAACCCUUCCAUAAUCAACACGUACAUAAUAUCAGAACAGGCGGCGGGCAGAUAUUCCAGAGGCUUUACCCCCGCAGAAUUAGAGCAAUUAAUUGGACCCUUUCGCACAUCACCACUG